UGCUACAAUAGUCCUGGCUUGGCAGGCACAGUCAGAGAUCUGAUCUCACUUCACUCACCUAGCCACAUUGCUAGAUACAGUACAUACAGGGCACAGUUAGGAGGUUAGACCGAGAGAUCUCAAAUCUAGAGCAACGAGAGAAAGCAAUGGCAGCCGCAGGAGAGAGAUGAGAGGCGUCCUGGAAAUUGUGCCUACGUUAGCAACUUGGCAUGGUAUGGGUAGUAUACCAUCCAUCUUGCUCCUCCUCCCAUUUCUUCCCUCCUGACGCUCCCGUUUCUGUUUCCUUUGAUCCUUGCCUCAUCCGUCAUCAGCCAUCACUCGUCACCGGUUCACCGCGCCCACGGCGGCUCACUGCUCACUGUUCACUCCCUCGAGCCGCAUGCAGCUUCUAAAGUUCAAGUAGUUCUUGCUAUAAGUAGGCGUCGUCAUCCUCUUUCCCACACGCCGAAAUCGCCUCGCCCCACGGCCGGUCCCGUUGGCGUGAAUGAGCGACGAGCACACGCGCGCGCUUAUUGCUCUAGUCUAACCAGCCAACUCCGGCCAUGAGGCCAGCAGCCACACCUCUCCUCCUCACGGUCGCCGUGUUCUCGGUUGCCAUUCUCGGCCUUCUUCCUGGAGCCACCGGCCUCCCAAGGCUGCAACCUCCUUCUCUCUCUUCUCCCCUGCAGGGUGGCGGGGUGGCGGGGGAGGAGAUGAAAGUGCGGCUGGGGUCGAGCCCGCCGAACUGCCGCGGCAAGUGCUACGAGUGCAGCCCGUGCACGGCCGUGCAGGUGCCCACGCUCUCCGGGCCGUCCGGCCCGGCCGCUGCGCGUGGUGAGCGCUUGCGGCCUCGCCCGGCAGGCGCGGACGUGCCGCUCGUGUCGCUCUCCAGCUCCAACUACAAGCCGGUCGGGUGGAAGUGCCAGUGCCGCGACCGCCAGUACGAGCCCUGACG